GCUAUUUUUGAUAUUAGGCAACUUUUAAAUCAAACCGUGGAACUGUAAGUGGUUAUUUCUUAGCUGGGAGAUUCAUGACAUGGCUUCCGGUGGGUGCGUCAUUAUUUGCUAGUAACAUAGGCAGUGAACAUUUCAUUGGACUGGCUGGGUCAGGGGCUGCAGCAGGCAUUGGAGUUGGUGCAUUUGAGUUUAACGCUCUAAUUCUUCUUCAACUCCUUGGCUGGGUUUUUAUCCCUGUUUACAUUGCUGGUGGGGUGUGCACUUUACCAGAGUACAUUCAUAGACGAUUUGGUGGGCAGCGUAUUCGAAUAUGGCUUUCWGUGUUGUCAAUCUUGCUUUACAUAUUUACCAAGAUAUCUGUGAAUCUGUUUUCUGGUGCUCUAUUCAUUCGCCUUGCAUUGGGGUGGAAUCUCUACCUUGCUAUUCUACUGAUGUUAUUCAUGACUUUUCUUUGUACAGUCACUGGUGGCCUCGCUGCUGUCAUCUAUACKGACACUUUAUGCACAUUUCUUAUGGCAGUUGGCUCAUUAACAGUGAUGGGAAUGGGUUUUUAUGAAGUUGGUGGUUAUGGUGGAUUGCAGGAGAAGUACAUGCAUGCGGUGUCAAAUGACACACUGUUCUCUAACAGUACAUGUGGAAGACCACGUGAUGAUUCUUUUAUCAUGUUGAGAGACCCAGUUAACUCUGAYAUGCCAUGGGCAGGAUUUAUUUUUGGCCAGACUAUUGCCUCGAUUUGGUACUGGUGUGCUGACCAGGUGAUAGUCCAACGUGCACUUGCUGCCAAAAGUUUGUCGCAUGCCCAAGGAGCAUGCCUCUUAGCUGGGUACAUCAAAAUUCUCCCCCUGUUUACUCUUGUGAUGCCAGGAAUGAUAAGCCGUGUCUUGUCACCAGGGUGCAUUCUGGGGCAUGAUGGUUGGUUUUAUCAUCGGUGCAAUCAGAAUGGUGCUAGAUUUCACUUAUCAACCCCCGCUAUGUGGACAACCUGAUACCCGACCAGCUAUAACCAAAGACCUUCACUAUAUGUACUUUGCCCUGGUGUUAUUCUGGAUUACUGCUAUUGCUAUUGUAGCUAUUAGUUUGUUUACCAAGCCAUCUGAAGAUUCAAACAUUCCAAGCCACCGUUGUCAACCAGAAUGCUCAACUGGUUUUGUGGCUAUGAUGAAGGUUCAGACGAGGCUCACAAGGCGGCCAUGGCACAACAGAAAAGAAUGGAUGCAAUCUCAUCGCUCGAGCAGGAUUCGCGUGCUAAGUUAUUCCUUCAAGUCAAUCUUGUUAUAAUACUUUGUGUUGGACUUUCCUUGUAUAUCUACUUUUCUGUAUAAAAAUCAAUUUAUAAUUUCAA